CGUCGCGAUUGUUUACGUCAGUUUAUCGUCACCUUGUGCGAUCGUGGGGAGGCGGCCAUGUUGGUUUCAUUCCAUUAUGGAGCUGCGGAAGACGAGGUUAGCUGA